AUGACAUCCACGUCGCGCGCCGAACGGGACAACCUAGUCUCCGUUUUCGCCGGCGGGUUCGCCGGCGUCUGCUCGACGUGCGUUACCAACCCGCUCGACACUAUUCGUGUGCGCUUAUCGGCCGGCCGGUCUGCCACAGGAAAGCCGCACAAGAGCCUGCUCAUUACAGCACGCGAGCUCUUCAAAGAGGGCCUCUUUCACGCCUUCAGCCGCGGUCUCGGCGCCAACAUCAUGGCCUCCAUACCAUCCAACGCCAUCUACCUUCCCACCUACCGCUUUCUCAAGGGUGAGCUCGGCGAUUCGAGGGUGAGCGAGCAGGUGCGACCGAUGAUCUGCGCCUUUGGUGCCGUCACGGCGACAAACCUGACCCUCUCCCCGCUGUUUGUGAUUCGGACCCGGGUGCAGGUUGACGACAAACUCACGAUCCACCAAGUGUUGAGCGAUGUCAUGCGCCGCGACGGCAUGCGGGGCCUCUACCGCGGCACAGUCACCAACAUAGCUGGCCGCUUUGUAGAAGAAGGGUGCUUCUGGACCGUGUAUGAGCUGCUCAAGCGUGUGACGCACGAGGGAAGCUUCGGCGAGCGCGGCUUUUGGUGGUCCUCGGCGGCGACGGUGUCCUUGACGAUGAUAGCGAAGUUAGUUGCAGUGGGGAUUGCGUACCCGUACAACGUCAUCAUGAACCACCUGCGCACGGUGAACAAGGUGACGGGGGAGCACGACUACGUGCGGGUGGUGCCAACAGUGCGGCACAUUUACGCGGCGGACGGCUUCCUCGGCUUCUACAAGGGUUUGGCCCCGCAGAUUCUACGCAGCGUCAUUAGCAAGGCCACGCAAAUAUACUCGUUUGAGCUGGUGCUGUUCACUUAUGCCCAGAUGUACCACCGCAAGCCACUGCCAGUCUCGGCGGUGCUUAUCAUCGACCCUGUCGCCGAGUCCGACGGAUCAGCAGCCGAGUAG